GAUGCAGUCAUUCUCAAAUCGAAGAAGGAAGGUUAAGAAGAAGAACAGCGAUUGUAUAGAUUUUCAUCAGAAGGCAAGUGAGUGCCUGAAAGCCACCGAGAUGAAUUAUGCUGAUUAUAAAUAAUGUCAUUGAGGAUCAUAUUUCCAAUGUGAAAAAGCCAUAUGUGCCAGAUUUUGGGAUUGAAGAGGAGCUUCAUCUCACUCAUAAACCUGCGAGCAAUUAUAUGAAUUUGACUGAUGAGGAUCAGCUCGGCCACAGCCAAAAGACUGCCAUGAAAGCCAAUAGCAAUUGGAUGUUGAUAGCUGAUUAUGUCAAUAAAGUCCCUAAAAAUGAGAAAGUAUUUCGAGUUAUACAGAAAAUUAAUUCGAUGAGAGAUCAAGCCAUGAUUUUAGCUGCCAAAGACUCUCAAUCAAAAAAGAGGAAGAAUCGGAAUAGGCUUAUGUCCAAGGAUAAGAAGGUUCUUGAUAUUAGUCCUCCUAACGCUGCUGAUAAGCCAAGUCAGGACUCUCCGAAGGAGCUAAAAGAAAAUGAGGGCAUCAGUUGGCUAAAGGAUUGGAUGAUCAAGAAUAAUGCAAAAGCAAUGAAGAACUUACACAAGCCAAGAAGAGUCCACUUGAAAGAUAGAAGCUUCGCAUUUAGCAAGUCAAAGUCCAACCUUCGGACAGAAAAUGCAACUACUAAAUUGAAUUCCACGUUUGCAGGAAGGGUUUACCAGAACUUUUCACCUGAUUUGAGAAAGCCAAGUCCAAAUCAGGACCUAAACGACAGUUUCAUUAAAUGUGUUCCAGUUUCCCCAGAAAGCUCGCACAAGAAUAUCGAGGAGUCGAUGGAUAUCAAAAAUAUAGAAAAGAGCAUUAAGAAGUUAUCCGAAUUGAAAUCUUUGGUAAACCAGACCUUUAUGAGGAAGAGCUGGACCAGGAACUUCAAUGAUGACAGAAAGGCUUCUCUCAGCCUCAUCAAAAUGCACCUCAUCCCUUCCAAAGAUAAGGUUAUCAAAGAGAAUCUAAGCUUGGAUAAGUCGGAUAAUUUUGGAGAUGCAUCUUUCCCAAAUCCAGAAUUUAAGAGGACCAAUCUGACAAGUCAAUUUUCACCCUCUAAAAGAAGCCAUGAGAGAGACCUUUUGAAAGGGUCAAGCAAUGAACUGGACCUAAUGAAGAAAUACCUAAAUGAAUCGGAGAGAGUACUGAAAAUCAUUGUUAAGAAAUUAUCACAGUUGUUUAAAACUAUGAAGCAAGUUCUUAGAUUUCCGAGGAAGAACGAAAUCAAAGAAUCCAUGAAGCUUUAUAAGCAGCUCUGCAUGCCUAAUAAGAAGAACCCUGUAAUUCCGCCAGAGCAUGAAGAUAAUAUUAAGAUAUUCAUUUUGCAAGACUUGAUAAGUCUAGUCAGGAAUAAAUGUACAGGACAGAAGCUAAACUUCAAGAUAUUCAUGGCAACGAACAGAUUGUAUUCCCACCCAGAAGUACUCGAAGUGAUUAAGCAAGUUAAAUAUUUUACACAAAACUCAUUCUCUAAAUAAUUAUGAAAGUGAUAAAAUGAAGAAAGUUAACAUCCAAACAGUACUCAAGGAAAUCAGGAGAGAUGAAAGAAUGGAGGAAGGAGACUUAUCUAUCUCAUCUCCAAGUCCUACUCGUGAAUAUGAUUCUUCCAAUCCUCAGUACAAUUUCAGCAUGUGAAGAGAGGAAGCUAAACAGUCAAUGAGGGAUAGAUCAGCUUGACCUUCAAUUAUCAAAGAGAUUUUGCAGAACAAACUUGUUCCCAAGUCUAACAGACAGCAUAGAAGGGAGAAAAUUAUGAAGAAAGGAGUGUCAAGCAACCUUGCUCCCAUCAUAAAUACCUUCUCUUCAAAAAGGCAGAAUAAAUCAUUAAAGGAGCAGAGAACUGUAAGAAUUCAGAGAUUCUCCAAAGGUCAGCCAGAUUCGGAGGUAGUGCAUUUCCCGAAGCCAUUAGGGACUUACAAAAAUAGACUUUUGAAGAUUUACAACUAG